AUGAUUGUCCAUAUAGCGUCAAUUCUUUUAUCCAUUUGCACUAUUGCAAUUGCGGGUCAAGCUCAUGCCGCUAACAAUGGUGUUGAGGACUAUGCCAAAUAUCAAGACCAAACCUUGUUGUGGGCACCAUACAGAUCGAACUGCUAUUUUGGCAUCAGACCACGGUUCGUCAACGAUAAUCCAUUAAUGAUGGGUCUUAUGUGGUUCGAUUCAUCGAGCGUAGAAGGUAUCAAUCAGUUAAGACACCAGGUUGACAUGGGUGAUAAACUCGACAAGUAUGGUUACGAACUCUACGAUCCAAGACUCGGAGGUCGGGAGGUUAUAAUUGACAGUGCCAACAACUUGAACUUGACAAUUCACUUUGUGAAAAGUCGUAAUGGUGAAAACUGGGCUACGAGGGUAUCAGGACGCCCGCUGGAUGCAUCUAAGGGCAAAGUGUCGUCGCUUGUCAUGUACUUCAACCAAAAUGGUGACCAGGGCAGUCUUAACUUGGAUUUGACCAAACGUCAAGAUAAGCAUCAUACGAAUUUGGUGGGAACUUCUCGAGAACUCGGUGACUACGAUCUCUCCAUAAAGGACGUCUCUGGAAACUACUACAGCAGAGGCCCAGCUCUGGGAAACGAUGCAGACAGCUCGAGAACCUCUCAUAUGUCUUUCAAUGUCCCAGAUGACCAAGUAUGGAAAGCUCGCGAUAUAUUCCAAAGUAUGCUGGGAGAAUCAGUCCAACAGCUGUUGUCGACUGGCAACAAAAUGCAUCCCUUGUCUCUGCCCUCCGCUUUGAUCGCUAGAAACAUCAAUAACUUUCCGGCCGGAAACUUCCAUUUCAUACAGAAGACUUUUGAUCUGGAUCAGCCUUUUGAAUUUGACAUUAUCUACAAUAAAAAAGGUUCAAAGCAGCGCAUCAGCUCGAGUGCUGAAUUGACUGCUCUAAUUUCUUGGACCAUGGAUGAGCUUGAAAUGCGUUUCAACCAGAAAUUCACCAUUGAAGAUCCGAAAUAUAAGCAGUUUGCGCAAGAGACCUUAGCGAACUUGAUGGGCGGCAUUGGAUAUUUCUACGGUACACAAAUGGUUGAUCGUGAAACAGAGUUAGACGAGGAGCAAUUUGAGAAGAUUGAGCUCAAGAGAGCUCAAGAGGAAGGACCACUACAGCUUUUCAGCUCCGUUCCUAGCCGAGCUUUUUUUCCUCGCGGUUUUUAUUGGGAUGAGGGAUUCCACCUAAUCCAAAUGAUGGAAUACGAUUGCGACCUUGUCUUGGGUAUCUUACAGAGCUGGUUCGAUCUUAUAGAGGAUGAUAGUGGAUGGGUAGCUCGUGAGCUUAUCCUGGGCAAUGAAGCGCGUAGUAAGGUUCCGCAGGAGUUUCAGGUCCAAAGCCCAAACAUAGCCAACCCACCAACACUAUUACUAUGCUUCAGUGAGCUGCUGAGUCGAGUUUUGCAACAUCGCGAAAUGGCUCUUGAGUCGACGGAUGAUGAGUUUUUUGUGGACGGCUUGCAAACAGAUCAGUUAUUAAGACGGCCUGAGGUGCUCACCUCGUUUGCCAAACGAGUUUAUCCAAAACUAGCCAAACACCAUCAAUGGUGGACAGAAAGCCAGAAGGGUCUUGUUGAAGAAUACAUGGAGGCUUUAGGUGACAAUAUCCAUCCGGACGAAGUGUUCAGAUGGACGGGAAGGACUUUCUCGCAUUGUUUGCCAAGUGGACUUGAUGACUACCCUCGCAGUCAGCCCCCAGACGUUGCUGAACUGCAUCUGGAUGCGCUGGCUUGGGCAGGGGUUAUGACGAGAUCAAUGAAACAGAUCUCUGAAAUCUUAGAGAUGCCCAACGAAAUUGAAAGAUUUGCCCAGAUCGAACGAAACAUACUUGAGAACAUGGACACCAUUCACUGGAGUGAAGAGGAUCACUGCUACUACGACGUUACCAUUGACGAUGACAAUGACGACCUACGGCAGUUUGUAAGACAUGAGGGGUACGUCUCGCUGAUGCCCUUCGCUUUGAAGCUCGAACCCAAAAAUUCUGAUAAGUUACGCUGGUUCGUAGAAUUGAUGAGCGACGAGAACAAGCUGUUUGGGGAUUACGGAAUCUUGUCGCUAUCAAAAAUGGAUGAAUAUUUUGAAACAGGCGAAGUUUAUUGGAGAGGUCCUGUAUGGGUCAACAUGAACUAUCUGUUUUUGGACAGCCUUGCGUACUACUUCGGGGAUGGCGGUAGUAAUCAAGAUGCCAAGACGGUCGAAAAGGCAAGAGAACUCUACAAGACUCUGAGAGGCAACUUGAUUUCCAAUAUGCAUCGGGUAUGGUCCCAAGACGGCUACGUAUAUGAAAAUUACAAACAUAACACUGGUAAUGGUAAUGGGGUCCAGCAUUUUACCGGAUGGAGUUCUUUGAUUGUAAACAUAAUGGGACGGUUGCCAGAAAGAUUGUAG